CCUCUCGCCAAUCCUCAGACGUUGCUUAUAUACCAUCCGGAAUAUUCUAUAAUUUCACUAUAAUAGACAUCCAAUGCCAAAAAAUACACAUCUCCUUUCUAAAUUAGUGAAAUCCGCAGGAAUUAACAGCGCGACCGAUCCAAUGGAACGGCCACCGAGAAAUGACGUCACUGAUAAGGAGCAGUGGGCUGCGAGAGUGAUUCAGAGAACAUAUCGCGGAUAUCGCACGCGACGAGAGUUGCAAGGCUGUGGAAUAUCGGCGACCACGCGUUGGGUAGAGGUCAGUUUGGACAGCGAGUGAAGGAUUUCAUUAUCUCACAGGGAUACACCAGGCCGUGAAAGAAGCAGAAUGGCGGCUCCUCCAUCGUCCAUCCGCCCCAGAAGCUACCGUCGAAAACGAUAGCUCCGCCCAUGCUCGUCAAAAUUGGCAGCGGGCUG